AUGGCGGCGGCGGCGGCGAGCUCGGCCGAGGGGCCCCCGCCGGUCUGCGUGCUGGUGCUGGGCAUGGCCGGCUCGGGCAAGACGGCGCUGGUGCAGGUGAGCGGCGCUGCGGGGAGCGGGCCCGCCGGGAGGGAGGGAUUGGGGCUCCCCUCGGGCUUGACGGCGCUUCUCUCCUCCCGCAGCGGCUGACGGCGCACCUGCACAGCCGGGGCUGCCCGCCCUACGUCAUCAACCUGGACCCCGCCGUGCACGAGCUGCCCUUCCCGGCCAACAUCGGUGAGUGGCGGGGCCGGGGGCGGGGCGGCGGCGGGACUGGCCUCUGCCUGGUCGGGGGGCUUCAUUUCUCUCCCUCUCCUUUUUCCCAAAGACAUACGAGACACCGUGAAGUACAAGGAGGUCAUGAAGCAGUAUCCUUACCCGAGCGGGGGAGGGGGGACUGGGAGACACAGGGGGCCGGUCCACUGUCCCUCAGACCUUGGGGGGGGGCGGACUAUAUUUUGAAGGGGGAAAAUGAAUGAAUUCCUAUGCCCCACAAAUAACCCAGAGACACAUUUUAAAUAAAAGGACACAUUCUACUCAUGUAAAAACACGAUGAUUCCUGGACUGUCCGUGGGCCAGAUUGAUAAGGCGAUUGGGCCACAUCCAGCCCCCGGGCCUUAGGUUGUCUACCCCUGCUGGACUUUGCACACUGCAAUGGGUGGAGAAAACCAAUGUUGAAAGGAUGUAGUAAGGCUGGGCAUGGUAUUUGUGCAUCUGGUGAAAUUGCCAGUGUGUCUCUUGAGCUGUUGCUGCUGACGUUGGCAAUCUCUACAAAUGUGGUUUUAUGUGACACCUUUGCUUUAAAUGGCCUGAGUCUCUAUCUGGGGUAGAGGAAGGGGAAGGGAAUAUGCUGUUAGAGGUGACUUUCAGAUUUCUACCAACCUUUCCUGAAUGUGCACCAGGUAUGGGCUUGGCCCCAACGGCGGUAUUGUGACUUCUCUGAACCUUUUUGCGACAAGAUUUGACCAGGUAUGUAAUUUCUGGUGAAUUUCACUGAAUGGUACUGCAUUUAGCUUGAGUUUGUAGGUGCCAAACUUCCUCUCUUGGAGAAUUUGCCAGCAAUGAUGAGCAUUUGACAUUCUGGGCCACAUCAGAGGGCCGCAUAUUAUUAUCAAUACUAAGGCUCAGAGCAAAUUUGUAUCUGAACUAAUUUUAAGGUGUAUUUUAAUUAAUAGAUUGCCUGUUCUUAUGUUCUUUGGAUACUGUCUUAGUUUUAUGAUGUUAGCUGCUCGGCUCCAGCCAGGGAAGGCGGGGUACAAAUAAAUUUGUUGUUGUUGUUGUUUAUAUCCCAGUUAACAAUUUAAUCACAUAAUGGUAAUUCUGUACUUCUGAUGCUGAUGAUAUCAUGUUUUCUUGUGUAUCAUGAACUUAACUGCAAACUCUAAUUCUCUUGUUUCUACCUAUAAAUCAUCUUUCUCUUUCUGACUAGGUGAUGAAGUUCAUUGAGAAACGACAGGCAGCAUCUCAGUGAGUCAGUGGGAAGCCUGCUGUCACCUGGGGAGGGGGGUGAUGGAAGUUCCUCUUGACGGGAGGUGCGUAUGCAGCCUCACCUUCAGCAGAACAAAGGGGUGAACUGUGUCACAUUAUUGUGCAUGUAUUCAAGAUGGUCAUUCCAGUUUUCUAACUUAGUGUGAGACAUUCAAGGCAAACCAUAAUUAAUCUUAGAAGUGAAAAUAAUUCCAAAAUAAUUAAAGAAAAAAAUCGGGAGUUUAAAAGAGAAGAGACUUGCAGAAGACUUUGUGAGUGUUCUCCUCCCCCAUUCCUAUUAAGACCCCAAUUUUGUGCUGAUCUCACUCUGAUCUUUAAUCUCCACUCAGGAGCUGAUGAGUGAAGAUUAAAUUUUGCUGCCUGGGCUGUGGGAUGCUGUUCCCUGAUGAGAACAGGAUUGUGCAACCAGUGCACGAUUAAACCCCAUCUUCCAGGUGUUAGCUGAUUAGUGGGUGAGCUUGUUUUGGACAAAGUGAUUUGAAUGUGGCCUGUGUGUGAGAGAGAACAAAUUCUUCCCCUUGCAGGUACGUCCUGAUUGACACUCCUGGGCAGAUUGAGGUGUUCACCUGGUCUGCUUCCGGCACCAUCAUCACUGAAGCUCUGGUGAGGACCUUCUGCUCAGCUGGCCUACUUUGCAGGAGGUGCCUGGGGGCGGGUUGCCCUGUUGGGCUAAUGCUCCCCCCCUUUGAUGUACCCAUUUAGGCUUCCUCCUUCCCAUCCGUGGUGGUUUAUGUGAUGGACACGUCACGCAGCACCAGCCCUGUCACGUUCAUGUCUAACAUGCUUUACGCCUGCAGGUAAGAGGAGAAUUCUCUCCGUAGUGUUAUUUAUCUGUUAUGCAAUUAAUAAUGGCUUACCCAUUAUUGGAGAGCAUCUCUCUUAUUGUUCUUUGUUUGGGAACAGGGUUGUUCUCUCAGUAGCUGCUGAGAAACCUCAGAGACGACUCCCUCAUUCCUGGGAGGUGGAAUUGUUAGCCCCUCUUCUGGUGGCUUCUUGGCUUCUUCCUUGAACCUUGAGCAAGAAGCUGCCUCUGCUGCUCUUAGGCCUUCUCUAGGAAAGCACACAAACUGCCUGCUCUUUCAGUCAUGAGUUUCUAAGCGAAAUGUCUUUGUGGCAACCCCAGAUCGAAAGUGGCAAUCUCUGCAUCCCUGAUCAUGCUGCUGUUGUUUUCUUCUCAGUAUCCUGUACAAGACGAAGCUCCCUUUUAUCGUGGCCAUGAACAAGGUGAGUGGAAUGCCCUGAUCCAGUCUAAGACUUGAACCAAGAAGACCAUCUGAAUGAUGCUUUCCUGAAACAAGUUACAUAUGCUUCAGGGAAGCAGGAACUGGUAGUUUGGGGGAACUUCAGCACACCCUGGGAUCUUUUGGGAGACGUACUCCACAGAGCAUGGAUUCCCCCACCCAAAUCCUGGCCUGCCUUGUGGACAACUUGUGUUUUCAAAAGGUGGAGGAAGAGAUGAGGAGAUUGACUGACCUUGGCAUUAGUCCAGCCUAUAGGGAAAAAUUGUUCAGUGGUUUUAAUGCAGUGGGAACUUGGGGCAGGAAUGAUGGCAGACAGUGGUCAUGCAGGGUGUGCUGGAAUUCAGGCGCCUACGGAAAGCUUAAGGGGGUGUAGCCAAAGAGAUUUACUGCAUUUAAGGAAGUUGAUUUUAACACGCUCAGAGAAAUGCUAGUCAGGAGAAUUCCAUGGCCCAAUACACUGACAGGGAAAAGAGCUGAGUUGGGUGGGAGUUUCUGAAGGAAGCCUUACAAAAGAGAGUCACAAACAAUUCCAGUGCGAGAGAGAGAAGAUCAGAGCCUGGGUAGACAGUGGGAUGUUGGAAGCUGAUCACGCAGAUGUUAUUUGCAGUGGCUUGGCUUCUUCAGCCAUGGCCUACAUGACAAAAUGAAGGACUCCUGGUAGGCGAUGGGCAUUGUGUGCUGUUGUGGCCACUCCUGUCCUAAAGUGAUCAGUCGAACAGAAAUGCAGAUAAUGCAAACAGCUGCACAGAAGCACUUGAAUCUGAGAGCAGAAGCUGUUUUGGCAGUGUUUUGGUGAGGGCGGCAAAGAAGAGGGUGACGAAAAGGAUGUUCAGCCAGCAGGAAGAUGCUUUCUUGGAGCAGAGCCUGCCACUUCCAGAGAGGAAGGAAGGCAGCCUGACCCCCAUAAAGAAUGGAAGGUUGCUAGGAUCAGGGGUGGGCAAGGAGGCAUGGAAGGCUCUUCAGGUGCCUUGAAGGGCUGCUGUCCCUUUUGCUGAUGAAACUUUGCUGUUCAAUUGCGUCUUUCCAGGGUGGAGCUUGCACUCUGGGUGUGACCACAGCCUUCACUUGUUUAGCUGGUCCUUGUCUCAUGGUGGGGGGAGGCAGGAGGAGCUGCCGCUGCCUCUUGGCCUGGCCUGCCAUGGCUGAAGAGAAGCAGCCGUCAUGGUGUGGGGCCUGUGGUCCUUGCCCCAGAGGUGGCAUUGCGGAGCAGCUGCCCACCUGUGCCCCCUGCCACCCUCACUCACUCUCUGCCUUCCUGACGCAGACGGACAUCAUCGACCACAGCUUUGCUGUGGAGUGGAUGCAAGACUUUGAAGCCUUCCAGGACGCCCUCAGCCAGGAGACCACCUAUGUCAGCAACUUGACUCGCUCCCUCAGCCUGGUGCUGGACGAGUUCUACCACUCGCUCAAGGUGGGCACGGUUCCCCCCACCCCCAUCCAGGUGUGGAUGCUGAAUGAGACCUCUUUGCAGGCACAUUCCUGACAUUGCAUGAAGUUGGCAUUUGUUUCCCACCUUCACUCUGUCCAACUUUCAGGGAAGCAGCUCCAAGGAGGGAGGGGUACCUUCCUCUGCAACCCGCCCCCCAAACCUUGAGUAUCCCAGAUACCCUGUGCUGUUGCAUCUGGACAGGCUAUUGUGGAUGCUUGAAGGACUUGGUCCAGGGAGGCCUGAGAGUUCAGGUGCCCCCCCCCCCCCCGCUAGAUGGCCUUGUGCCACCUCUUCUGGAAAAGGAGCUUGUGCCCAUCGCUCCUGUCCCUCGGGGAGGGGGGCUAGGCAAUGUUCUGGUGCUGGUGCUCCACUGGAGCAGAGGAAGGUGUUUGCAAGCCCUUCUCCUUCACUCAAUUCCCACGCUCCGCACAAACCCUGUUUGAAACAAAGGUCUUUCUCUUGCAGGUGGUUGGUGUUUCUGCUGUCCAGGGGACAGGGCUGGAUGAAUUUUUCGAACUCCUCUCCAAAGCUGUCGAUGAGUAUGAGAGGUGAGAGAGUCCCCUUGUGUAAGGGGGCCCACCUAGUCCAGUGUCCAGGUCUCACAGUGGCCAACCAGAUGCCUGGAAGCAGAUCCGGAGGCCAACAGGAGCCCUCGGCACACCUGCUUUUCUCAGCAACUGGCGUCUAGAGGCAUCCUCCCUCUGCCUGUGGAAGGAGAAUAUGCAUUGUCCUAAUUCUCUUCUAAAGCCAUUCAAAUUGGGGGCCAUCACUGCCUCCUGCAGGAGGGAGUUCCAGAGUUGAACUGCAUGCUGUGUCAGGAAGUCCUUCCUUUUGUGUGUCCUGAGUCUUCUGCCUUGCAGCUUCAUUGGAUGCCCCCAAGUUGCAGCAUUACAAGAGAGGGAUGAAAGCCUUUCUCUCUCCCCUUCUCUGUCAGGCCACCUCCCAAAAACUCUUGACUUGUGAGGCUUCUGCCAUCCUGCUGUGCUGCAUCCCAGAACAAUGGCCCAGAUGAGCUUGCAUUAACUCCAAGGCUUCCUGCAAAUCCAUUUGGGGAUCCCUCUAGAUGCAGCAUAGGGUGACCAGAAUGGGGGCCUUUGAGGGGGCAAGAUCCCCUCUGCUGCUCUAUGGGGAGACAUGAAGCCCCGGGGGAAAGCCUCUUCCCCUGCCCGUUCCAGCCCUGCCCUGGGGUCAGUGACUGGAGGUCUGGGCUGUGGUCCUUGCUGUAAGGGGCCCUCCUAGUCUCUACAAUGGUUGCCUGGGAGUGAGGCUGUGGUGCCCAAGAAUAAACAGCUGAAACCCAUUUCUCUUCUCCCUCCAGAGAAUACCGCCCAGAGUAUGAGCGCCUAAGGAAGAAAAUGGUGAGUCUGUCUCCAGAUGCACUUGGCGUGUUGUUGCUCUGCCCUCUGCUGGUGCUUCCCCUGCCCCCAGUCAGUCACAUGGGAAAGGCUCCCCACAUCAUAAUCAUCAUAAUUUUAUUAUGUGUACCCCGCCCAUCUGACUGGGUUGCCCCAGCCUCUCUGGACGGUUCCCAUCAAAAUAUUAAAAACAAAACCUCAAACGUUAAAAACUUCCCCAUACAGGGCUGCCUUUAGAUGUCUUCUAAAGUUGUGUAGUUCUUCAUCUCCUUGACAUCUGACGGGAGGGCAUUCCACAGGGUGGGCGCCACGACUGAGAAGGACCUCAGUGUCCAGGCUGGACAAUGUGGGUGGAGAAGCUCCUUCUGCUUGUGUAAGUCCUCCUUUGGCCUCAAGAUGGGCACUUCCAUCUUACCAGAUGGAGGGAGGAGAGGUGGUCAGGGAGCACCUCCUGCCAGCAUGUUGGGGGCUCCCAAUUGCCUUCCCACGUGGCCUGAGGAGGCUUCUGCUCCCUUGCCAGAAGAACUCAAAGCAGCCAUUGGCGCUCAGGGUUUAGUGUGCUGCCUUCUGUACAUGUGUGCACAUAAGUGUACAUCUUUCUAGAUCCUGGAGUCCUGAGUGGUUUCUCCUUCCACUCUCUCUCGGCUCUGAAGGACACGCUCAUGAUCCCUGUGGCUGCUAUUGUCUCUGUUUAUAGACAGCUUCCGACCUGAAGAACUCAGAGCUGCUGUUGGCCUUGCAGGGCUCUGACUUCUCACCAGCUUUGCUGUGGGUGGCGGCAGCAGUUGCUUUAGGAGCUGCGCAGAUGCGCUGUGGGCACCACCAGGGCAUGCUGGGAGGUGGCAGGCUGGAGCCCCACAGGUGCCAACUGGAGCUCUGCUGCAGAAGGCAGGCAGGCAGGCAGGGACCCGCAUGUGCUGGAGGACCAGCAGGAAUUGCUUGCUUCCCUUUCCUCGCUUGCAGGAGCAGGUGGAAAGCCAGCGGCAGCAGGAGCAGCUGCAGCGUCUGCAGAGGGACCUGGGCCCCCUUGCGAUGGAGAGCAGUGCGGCAGCCUCAAGUGAGUCAAGGCCAAGGGGGUGGGGCUGCGGAGGCCUUGCGGGGAGGCUGGCCCUGAAGGCUAGAGAGGCUGCUUGGGGGCUACAACUGGUGGACACGCUGGCUCUUGCCUUCAAGCAGGGAGGAGGCUGCUGGCAGUACCAACCUUUCCCCCACCCCUUGAGCCAUUGCUCUGGGGAAGCAGAGUGGGUGUGGGCAGGGUCUGUACCCUGGCUGACUGCUUUCCUCAGCUGAUCAGCUGGGGAGCCCCACGCUGCACCUGUUGGAUUAGGCUGCUGCUGUCUCCUCCUCCCUGGAUUCCCAGCCAGCCUCUCCCUGUUUAUGCCUGUGACUUCCGCCUGCCUGCCAUGGCUGCGCAGCCCCUCUUGAGCACACAGGAUGGGAGUCUUCCUGGCACAGAGCUUUGCCCAUUGCCUUGUGGGGGCAGGAGCGACAAGGUGGGCCCCUGGCAGGCGGGAGGGGGGCACAGUCUGGGGCCAGGACAGGCUUGGCAGCCACUUGGCUUUUGUCUCCAGGCUCCAUAGCAGAAUCCGCAGCGGGUCCCUCGGCACUGAUUCUGACCCGAGGAACUUUGGAGGGGGAAGAGGAGCCGGAGGAAGGCCAAGAGAGUGACACCGAUGACAUUGACCACGAAGGUAAGGUGGGUUAAGGAGACUGGGAAAGGUCAGUGGUUUGGGGGGAGGGAAAGGCAAAUCAAGAGACCGGGGAGGGGAGGGAGGGCAUCCUCCAAAAUGCCUGCAUCCCGUUUCAGGGUGGCUGGUUUGUUGGUGCAGCAUGAGCCCUGGCCUUGAUCUCAGAGGGACUUUGUGUAGCAAGCUCGCUUUAAGUCCAUUGUGGUUGGCCGGGGAUGUUCCCUACGGGAUGGUCUUCCCCUUUGGUGGUGUUCUGGGACCCACUUCACCCAGGGGCUUUUUUGUCCCCUGCCCUAGUGACGGAGGAGCGCUGCGAAGAACCCGCCUUCCAGAACUUCUUGCAGGAGGCGAAGCAGCGCUACGCAGCCAGAAGCGGCCACUAG